AAAGACUUGUCGCCACUUUGUCCCACCCCGCAAGAGAUUUGUACAUGGCUGAGCCGAUUGCAUGGACAAUCAACUCUCAUCUCUGUAAGAAAAUGCACUUGGAAGUCGUCAGUCUUCGCUCUGAGGGAAUCGUGAACAUCUUAACAUACGCAGUACGUAACGAUAUUUUCUGCUUACAAGGGUUUGUACUCAAUAUCGACGUCCAUGUUCUGCUUUGCCUCACAGGUGCAUUACUUGUAGGAUCCUUCAGCCGAUGGAUCAAACAUGAAGAACAGGGAAAGAAGGCCAGGGUGUGGGGGUACACAUCACGUCGCGGUAAGUUCCAGGAGGUCGACGUGCGGACAUGAUCGUCUCUGUUAUCGUUAAAGACUUAGCACUCUUGCUCCCUGUGCACAAAAUUUCCAUUCUCCAAGUACAAUUUCGCAGCCUUUUAGUAUGUCUUCGAACGGCCUCACCGAAACUACCCUUCGUGGUACUGCGAUCGGACUCAUGGUCGUGACGACUGCCAUGGUUUUUGCGCGAGCUAUACUACGAAGCGAUCAGAAGAAAUCCAUCCAAUGGGACGAGAUCUGGUUGAUUGUAGGAUAUAUGCUCUUCAUGGCUAUUACCGGCGUCUACAUCAAUAAGACUAGUCUUUUAUUUCGACUCCUAGCGGUCGAGGAAGGUCGCCUCGCCCCAUACCCGAGUGUCAGCAAAGAUGGAUUCAAUGCGCAGAAGACGUUCUUCUUUACUAGUCCAGGGUUAUGGCUCACUUUGUGGAGCAUCAAGUUUUCUCUACUGGCAUUCUACAAGAGGAUUAUGGUGGGCGUAAAGCUGUACCUGACGCUGUGGUGGGUUGUACUUGCAUACUGUGUGCUUGUGAGUUCCCUAGAUCCAAUGCAUUUUCCCGUGAAUAACCUUCACUUACAUCUCAAUAGACACUGGUUCUAUCCAUUAUGUUACACAUUACUGCCUGUGGAUCUUCACCGUCAUCGUGGUUCGUAG